CAAGAGCAGGACUGAGACUGUGAUCUCCUGCAGGGUAGAUGUUUGGUAAUCGGAUGCGACCUCAAUCCUCUGUGCACAAUCAGACCUCACAUGGCAUUUGGUCUGAGAAGACAGAACUCGUGCCUGGAGGAAAAUCUCAGGAGCACUUUGUCCAGCGCAGAUCUGCUCAACCCCUCAGAGAUCCGCACAGCUGAAAGGUGUUUGGAGGACAUGGAGGUGUUUGAGCACAUUCCCACGGACAGUGAGUUGGUUUUCCAGGCUAAGAUCCUGUGUCGGGAAUUCAUGUACUCCAGAAUAACUCGAGAAGGUCUGAGCUGGUCCUGGGUGCAAGCCGCUUCUCCUGGAGCUCCUGCAGCGCUCACAUACUCAGCACUGGUGCUCCUCAAGCUGGCUGGAUGUGGUUCAUGUGUUGGUUCUAUCUGUGGUGACGAACUGGAGAACUUGAGGCCGCACGUCUACAGAAACGUGGCCAAGCAGCUGAACAUCUUGGUGGCGAUGGAGGCCGUGGUGUCGGACGCUUUCCUUUCUGUAGCUAAUGAAAUCAUCUCCCUCGGGAUCACAUGGGGGAAAGUGGUGGCCGUCUUUGCGGUGGCUGGAGGUCUGGCAGUGGACUGUGUGCGACAGGAGCGUCCAGCUGUAGUGCACACAAUAGAGGAGAGUAUGGGGGAGUUCGUAAGGAAGAGCCUUGUGCCCUGGCUCAGGAAGAGAGGAGGAUGGGGUGACAUUUCAAAGUGUGUGAGGAAGGUAGAGUCCCGCACUCAGACACACUGGUACUCAUCCGUCACACUGACCUGGAGACACGUCGUGAAGAUCAUCUACAUCUACCUGAUGAAAUAACUGUGAGCACAUUUUUACCGCUUUAGUGCUCUAAAUGGGCAGACGGUGCUACCCCCUAGUGGCUUAACUGAGUAUUACACGUUAACCGCUUAAAGCAAGAGAUUCAGGGAAAGAAUCACAAUAAAUAAAUAUAUAUUUAUAUGUAUAUAUAAUUCAGUUUAAAGUCUAAACUCUUUUAAUAUGGCAUCAAUUAUAUAUGAGAUUACAAUGGAUUUAUAAGCACUUUAAGCCACACCUCAAUCUAGUAAUCUCGCUUUCGUUCUGCCUUUUUUUUUUUAUCAGCUCUUUAUAAUAUUUAUUUUUAUAUUUAUAUAUAUUUUACUGAAAUGCUCUUGCUCGUGUGUUGGUCUGAAUCCAACACUGACUGUUUUAUACUGUGUGACAUUUGAGUGAUGGUUUAUCUUUAAGCCUAAUUUUUUAUUGCAUGAAUGAUUUAUUUAUUUUUAAUUCUGACUUGUUUUUUUUGGUUUGAUGUGGAAAAUCUUUGCUGCACUUUUGGUUUGGAUUGGAUUUGAGCACGUUUAUUAGAUGCAUGCUACAAUAAAGAUGUAAUAGAUAUUA